AUGAAAGUUCUGUUUCCGGCUCUAAUCAAGUGGAUUGGAUCCGCCAGAGAGAGUUUGCACCGCCAACUCGCGGAAGAGAUCAGAACCGUCGUAAAGGAAGAAGGUGGCGUCACCUUCUCCGCCUUGGAGAAGAUGCCGUUGACGAAGUCGGUUGUUUACGAGGUGUUAAGGAUUGAGCCACCGGUGCCGUACCAGUACGCGACGGCGAAGGAGGACAUAGUGGUGGAGAGCCACGAUGCGGCGUUUGAAAUCAAAAAAGGAGAGACGAUCUUUGGAUUCCAACCAUUUGCUACAAAGGAUCCGGAGGUGUUCAAUAAUCCGGAGGAGUUCGUCGCAGAUAGAUUCGUCGGAGAAGGAGAAAAGCUGUUAAAGUAUGUUUACUGGUCAAAUGCGAGGGAAACGGAGAGUCCGACGGCGGAUAACAAGCAAUGUCCGGGCAAGGACCUGGUGGUGCUGUGCAGUAGAAUAAUGGUGGUGGAGUUUUUUCUCCGGUAUGAUACAUUCACGGUGGAGAUCGGAAAAUUACCGUUGGGUGCAUCAGUCAAAAUCACAUCUUUCACAAUGGCCGUUUGA